GUAAAUUUUACAUAGGAAAUUAUUUCGCCGAGAAUUAAAAGAUGUUCGUUCACAUUCUUUGUCAUCUCUUCAGUCUCAAUAUAGAAGCAACUCUCUAGUCAAAUACUACGCAUCUCGGAAAUGAUACACUUUGUCUUCUUACAUUACACAGUUUUAGUUACUUUCUUUUUUUUUAUAUACACUUCAUAUACAUUUUUUUUCUUCUUCCGCGCUUGCUACACUAAAAUUGAACGCGCGCUUCUCUGCGCGCGACACUUCUUCCAUGCGCUCCUUAUUUGACAGUCCGAAAUGUUAUAAAUCUGAUGUGUCGACAGGCUUGAAGGUGCAGGACGGCCGUUCAUCUUUGCAGACUGCACCUGUUAUAUAUAUAAUUAAUUAACCUAUACAACCGAUUUAGAAACGGACUCUCUGACCUCUUUUUCUACGUAAAGCGUACAGUUUACUUACAUUCUACCUUGGGGUGCAGAUGAUGCUACGGCCAAGUUUUUAAAUAGUACAUAUAAUACUGAUAUUAAUACAUUCAACAUGCCAGACAGGAACAAAGUUUUGAUCGGUGCUGUGUGGGGUAUAACCCUCUGCUGUCUUUUAUUUAGUCGCAAGUUAUUGAGACCCAUGGCAUUGUUAAAUUUCAUUCCUGCUAUCUUAUAUCGCAAUCAAAAAAUAGAAAAUGAAGAUGAGCAACAACAGAAUACAAACAACGCUGGCACCUCAGUAAACUGUGAUACUAAUAUAGAUACAACUGCACAAAAUAAAAUGCAAAACAGGCAACCACCAUCAAAUUUUAUGAUGAGCGGAUUAACGGGAGCAUCGCCUCCAAAAUUCGUGUCUUUUGACGAAAUUAUCAAAGCUGCCAACGGGAUGAAAAAUAUGGCCUUAGCACAUGAAAUCGCGGUAGAUAAGAAUUUUCAAUUGCAAAAAUUAGAACCGGAAGAUGGUAGUUUUCAUAGGCGAGUAAAAGAAAUAAUGCACAAAGCUUUUUGGAAUCUGUUGGCGGAGCAGUUGGCCAAAAAUCCGCCAGAUUAUUCGCACGCACUCGUUUUACUGAAAGAAAUUAAAGAAUCGUUGGAUGAACUUGUGCCACCGCAGAAUUCAAGAAUCAAAGAAAAUGUUGGAGAAGUGCUCGAUCUGGACUUGAUCAAGCAACAAGCGGAGAAAAAUGUGUUGAAUUUUAAUCAUUAUGCUCAAUAUAUAAUUUCUAUUAUGAGCAAAAUUUGUGCGCCGGUCAGGGAUGAGAAAAUUCGAGAACUCUCGCAACAGACAGACAUAAUCGAGACGUUCAAAGGUGUUAUGGAAUUGUUACAGUUGAUGAGAUUGGAUUUGGCGAAUUUCACCAUUACAAUGAUGAGACCAAAUAUCAUCGCUUCUAGCAUCGAAUACGAGAAAGCGAAAUUUGCCGAGUUUUUGAAAAUUAAUUCGAACGGUUUGCAAUACACAGAAAAAUGGUUACUGCGACAUUUCAAUCCAGAAAACAUAGCGGAAUCGUCAAGCGGCACUAAUAACAUAAGGCAAAUUACUCAUUUUCUAGUAACAGAAGCGUAUCUCGAUCUUUUGGAGUGGGAUUUCAAUCCAGAUGCUGAAACGUUGAUGUUGGAUCAAGGGAGGCUUCUGGAAUUACGAGACAUCACCAGUAGAUUGAGUAUCGUUGGUUCUAUAAUAUUAUUGGUUAAUAAUACGAUUGGUGCACCGAUUCACGGAGUUUCGAGUUUUAAAAAGAAUAUUAAAGAACACCUGAAUUCAUUGUUGGACUCUGUACAUUCAAACAAAGAUUUAGAAGCUGCAAUGCCAAAUAUUAUAUUGCAAGUCAAAGCGGACGUCAAGAUGACACUAAGAGAAGUCAGUGCUCCUGAAAUGUCUCCUGAAUUAGAGACAUUGUUGGAGGGACAAAUAACUGAUCUCGUAGAUACUAAACAUAAGAUCAGAUAUCUUGUCAGUCUGCGGAUCAGACAGUUUUUGCAAAAAAUCAUUCAGUCGCAGUCUAUUGCACCUCAACAAGUACCGCCAGGCCUUUCCUCGCUACAAGAAGAGUUGACGGCUAUUGCUGCUCGAUUUGUAAUACUUGUUUCGCAUAAUCGCAGCGUGUUCGGCGAAUAUUACCAAGAUAUUGUCGCAAGUGCGCUUGCGAGAAGCGACAAUAACAAAGAGAUACACGAAACCCACACUAUGGAAUUGUAAAAAAAAAGAAACAAAAAAAACCAAUAUGAUUACAUCUAAAAAUAAAUACACUUGAAUUUUG